GCCCCGCCACCUGCCCGCGCCCCGCCGCGCCCUAGCGCCCCCCCCCCCCCCCCCCACGCCCCGGGAAGCUGAGGGGUCCCCGUAGCCCUGUGCCCCCCCCACCCCCACCCCGCCCUUCCACUCGCCCUCCCUCCCCACCUGCCCGGGCUCUGCCGCCGCCCCGCCGAGCCCUCCCUCGGGCCUUUGUCCUGCCGCGAGGCCUUGCAGCUGCCGCCGGCCUGCGCGAACCCAGGCCGCGCCAGGUUUCUUACGCGAGGCCGGGGAUCCGCGGCCUAACCAUCCCUUCUCGCUCCCCCACACCCGCCCCGUCUCCCUCCCCGCCCCGGAGCCGGCGAGGGGCUAGCCCCCACCUUCUCCCCCCCACACCCCUCGCUGCCGCCGCCCCCACCUCCCAUCCGCCCUUCAUCCCCCGCGUGGAGCCCGUGUGCCCAGAGCGGCGGCGGCGCCUGGCUCACGAGAGGCCGCGGAGCCGCCCCUGGCCUCCCCCUCCCGCCCGUGCCGCCGCUGCCGCCGCCGCAGCAGGUUCCCUCCCUCCCUCCUCCUCCUCCUCCUCCUGCUCCUGCCCCCGGCGGCGGCGGGAUCCGAGCGGUGCCCGGGGAGCGCUCGGCCCGGGCAGGAGGGGAGAGGAGCGGCGGGGCGGCGGCAGGAGCAGCAGCGGCGGUAGCGCCAGCAGCAGAAAUGAUGGAAGAAUUGCAUAGCCUGGACCCACGAAGGCAGGAGCUCCUGGAGGCCAGGUUCACUGGAGUGGGGGUUGCUAAGGUUGGUGCUUCAAAUUCCCUCCCUACCCCCCCAAGUCUCCGUCCGUCAUGCUCCGCCCUGGCAUUGGGUCCACUAAAUAGUGAGUCUUCCAACCAGAGCUUGUGCAGCGUGGGUUCUCUGAGUGAUAAAGAAUUGGAGACUCCUGAGAAAAAACAGAAUGACCAGCGGAAUAGGAAAAGGAAAGCAGAAGCUUAUGAGACCAGCCAAGGAAAAGGCACUCCUAGAGGACAUAAAAUUAGUGAUUAUUUCGAGUUUGCUGGGGGGAGCGGCCCAGGAACCAGCCCUGGCAGGAGCGUGCCGCCCGUCGCCAGGUCCUCGCCGCAGCACUCUCUAUCCAACCCCUUGCCGCGGCGAGUGGAGCAGCCGCUCUAUGGGGUAGACGGCAGCACAGCCAAGGAGGCGCAGGAGGAACACUCUGCUCUGCCAACCCUGAUGUCGGUGAUGCUGGCGAAGCAGCGGCUAGAGAAUGAGCAGCUGGCCCAGAGGGGAGGUGGCCUCUGCUUUACUUUUGUCUCGGCCCAGCAAGGCAGCCCAUCUUCUACUGGAUCAGGGAACACUGAGCAUUCCUGCACUUCCCAAAAACAGAUUUCCAUCCAGCACAAACAGUCCCAGUCUGACCUCACAAUGGAAAAAAUAUCUGCACUAGAAAACAGCAAGAACUCUGACUUGGAGAAGAAGGAGGGGAGGAUAGAUGACUUAUUAAGAGCCAACUGCGAUUUGAGGCGGCAGAUAGAUGAGCAGCAGAAGAUGCUGGAGAAGUACAAGGAGCGGUUGAAUAGAUGUGUAACAAUGAGCAAGAAGCUUCUCAUAGAGAAGUCAAAGCAGGAGAAGAUGGCAUGCCGAGAUAAGAGCAUGCAGGACCGCUUGAGGCUGGGGCACUUCACCACCGUGCGGCACGGCGCCUCCUUCACUGAGCAGUGGACGGAUGGCUACGCCUUCCAGAACCUCAUCAAGCAACAGGAGAGGAUAAAUUCCCAGCGGGAAGAAAUAGAAAGGCAAAGGAAAAUGUUAGCAAAGCGGAAGCCCCCUGCGAUGGGCCAGACCCCGCCGGCCAGCGCCGAGCAGAAGCAGCGCAAGAACAAGACCAACGGAGCGGAGAACGAGACGUUAACGUUAGCGGAGUACCACGAACAGGAAGAAAUCUUCAAACUCCGGCUAGGUCAUCUUAAAAAGGAAGAAGCAGAGAUCCAGGCGGAGUUGGAACGGCUAGAGAGGGUUAGAAAUCUACAUAUCAGGGAAUUGAAAAGGAUACACAAUGAAGAUAAUUCACAAUUCAAAGACCAUCCCACGCUAAACGAUAGAUACUUGUUGCUACAUCUCCUGGGUAGAGGUGGCUUCAGUGAAGUAUAUAAGGCAUUUGAUUUAACAGAACAGAGAUAUGUAGCUGUGAAAAUCCACCAGUUAAACAAAAACUGGAGAGAUGAGAAGAAAGAAAACUAUCACAAACAUGCAUGUAGAGAGUACAGAAUUCACAAAGAACUGGAUCACCCUCGAAUAGUGAAGCUUUACGACUACUUCUCGCUGGAUACUGACUCGUUUUGUACAGUGUUAGAAUACUGUGAGGGGAAUGAUCUGGAUUUCUACCUGAAGCAGCACAAGUUAAUGUCGGAGAAAGAGGCACGAUCCAUUAUCAUGCAGAUUGUGAAUGCUUUAAAAUACCUAAAUGAAAUCAAACCUCCCAUCAUACACUAUGACCUUAAACCAGGUAACAUUCUUCUAGUCAAUGGUACUGCAUGUGGAGAGAUCAAAAUCACAGAUUUUGGCCUCUCCAAAAUCAUGGAUGAUGACAGCUACAACUCUGUGGACGGCAUGGAGCUGACAUCGCAGGGGGCUGGGACUUACUGGUAUUUGCCACCAGAAUGUUUUGUGGUUGGGAAGGAACCUCCAAAGAUUUCAAAUAAAGUUGAUGUCUGGUCAGUGGGAGUCAUCUUCUAUCAGUGUCUCUAUGGCAGAAAGCCCUUUGGUCACAACCAGUCCCAGCAAGACAUUCUGCAGGAGAACACCAUUCUGAAAGCUACCGAGGUGCAGUUCCCUCCAAAGCCAGUAGUCACACCAGAAGCAAAGGCGUUCAUCAGACGCUGCUUGGCCUACCGGAAGGAGGAUCGGAUAGACGUCCAGCAGCUGGCCUGUGACCCCUACCUGCUGCCUCACAUCCGCAAGUCUGUCUCCACGAGCAGCCCAGCUGGAGCUGCCGUCGCAUCCACCUCUGGAUCAUCCAAUAACAGCUCUUCAAACUGAGACAGAGAAAAUAGGCCAAA